UUCCGCUUUCCCGUGUAACCAGGAAAUAAACUUAAAACGAAAAUAAAAUUAAAUGAGACGUACCCGUUCAUACAAAUAGAAAUAUGAGGAUACUUGUAGUACUAUGGUCAAUCUUCGCUGGAAGUAAUGCAGGAUCGUGCUAUUAUAAACAAUGGUCACCAUUUUCCUAUAACGAUUACUCGAUCUACGAGUUCUGCCUUACUGGUUGUUGUGGUUCAACCGAAAUAGAUGGUAAAAAACAUUGCUGUAAGGAUGCAGGAGCCAUUAUAGGAAUAUUUCUUGGUGCAGCAGGAUUUCUCGCAUUUCUACUUAUAAUUUGUGCCCUGUGUAGAAGAAGACAUCGUAAUGAUUCAUUCGUAAUCAGAGGAUCAAAUGAACGAGGUAGACUCAUACCACCAACUACAACAGCCACAACAGCCACGCAAUAUCCUUCAGCCACUGGCCAUAAUCAUUAUGAAAGUCAAGGACGGUAUACUUACCAGCAAACAAACACAACAACCGGUUAUAUAUAUCCGCCACAAACAGGAAGCAGAAACAUGUACUCACAUCAAAUCACCCCUAAUGCGCCUGCGUACCAGAACUGAUGGUCAACAGGACUGACAACGGUGACAAUAAUUGUGGAAUAAAUCAGCAUGAUAACGACAAUACUAACAGAAAUCUCCAUCGUUGCAUUACAAUGUGAUCAAUUUUAAAUUUUGGUAUAACAAUCUUUAAUGUUUGAGUAAAUAUAUUACAGAUGAUACAUUGUUUGAAAAAGUAAGUGUGUUCAACUUUAUUGAAGACAUUUACUUGAACUACUGAAGUUCAGUAUUUAUAUUUAUAAAUUAACUGUUUACAAAAUUUUGAAUUAUUUUAAAUACUUAGGCUUUUCGUCCCCAGGCAAAGAUAACCGAGCUGUAUGUUGCCAAACUUUUAGGAAUUUUGGUCCUCAAUGCUCUUCAACUUCGUACUUUAUUUGGCAUUUUAAACUUUUUUGGAUUCGAGUGUCACCGGUGAGUCUUUUUUAGACGAAACGCGCGUCUGGCGUAUAUACUUAAGUUAGUCCUGGUUUCUAUGAUGGGUUUAUUCACUUGAUUUUUCUAUCUCUUACAUUGACUGACAAAAGAUCAUUAAUCAAUAAGGAUACAUGUUUAGUGUUAAUUGGUGUAUUAUGUAUGAACUAAUGGAACUAACAUUUUAUAUAAAGUACAAAAUAUAUAUUGCAAACCGGACGUCCUUAUUUCUAACCUAAUCAUCUUGACUUUGAAUACAUAAUAACAAUUAAAAGAUAAAUCUAAUUAUUAUUGUGAAUUAUCGAACAUUGAACAAGCGCUCUAUUGAUUAGUGAAGCAUUACAGAAAUGUUGGAUUCAUUAUAAUUUGCCAUCUUUCAUUUUUGUUCACAUUCAUCAACUACAAUACACAGUUGGAGUAAUAUCCGUAACAAAAAUGAUAAGAACUAGUUACCUUAUAAAUUUGUGCAGUUUUUGUGCUGAAUAAUAGACGGUCAAACUAUGUAUUGAGUAUAACUCUGUGAACCAGAGUAGGGGAAGUAAUUUUGUGUCCAUGAUUUACUGCUAACAAAUAUCUCCACUAUGUAUAUUUCUUUUAACUUUGAUGUACUUGUGUUAUAUAAUAAACUUAAAGUAAAGAAAAAUCAACAUUCAGAUUAACUUUGUAUCAUUUUCUUAGUUUCUUAUUAAAUAUAAAAAGUAGCGUUUUUCAACACGACGAACUAAUGGUCUAAGUAACCUUUAACAUGUUUACAUCUUUCGCGAAAGAGGAACAAAACACAACUCUGAACUUCUAUCCUUUGGAUAUCAUAUAAUGAUAUUUCAUCAUUUUAUGAUGUACCAUCUUAAACCUGGUCACCUAAACUGAACAUCUUUCUUAAAUGUUUACUACAUUUGUUUGUACAGUGAGAUAUUGUUUCUAGAAAUAUCGUGAUGAGUUAUAUUCAACCAGUGUUGUCAAUCUAAUGUGGAUCCGUACAAAUUCUAAAGAAUUACAGCAAACUCUUUCACAAUAUUCAAAUCGUGCAGUAUCAUGAAAAUGUAAAAGAGGAAAGGUCAAUUUCUUCAUAGAAGGGCCAAUUUCAAAAAGUGCUGGAAGAAUAAAAUUUACGAUAAAAACAAGAAAUAAAAAUGAUUUUUGAUCAAUAUCUGGAUUUUUAUAUAUAAUGAUGUCUGAUUUUUUUUUAAUUAACCCCCAAAAAAGACGAAAGUCAAAUAUGCGGAAUAUACCGUGUUUUUGUACAACUUUUUUUAUCCUAAAAAAUGAAAUUGGCUUAGACUGUCCUCAACACCUUAAACAACUUUUUUUAACAAAUAGUGGAACAUCACUCAAGUGCAACUAUAUAGCUGCUUAAUAACAAAUUCGUCCUUAAGAGUCGCCGUGGCUCCAUCGGUAGCGCAUAUUACUAACAUUAAAUAUUGGAUUGCUUUUUAAAGAACGUGUUCAAAUCUCACAAAGAUUUUUUGCAUUUUUUGUGUUGAAAUAUUAAAAUUUAAUAUUCCUAUCAUAUUUUGGGAUGUUUGUUUAAUUCAAAGAGUCAUUAUGACUAUAAAUCAUUUCAUUAAAGAAAAAAGUAAUGUGUUGCUUAUUGUGUGCGUUCCUAUAACUAUCCAUACUCUUCACCUACUUUCAAUUACUGUGUUCACCUUUAUUAUAUAUAUGCAAGGAACAAUUGCCGUCAAACUGAAGUAGGUGCUUGUACAUAUUAACCAAUAACACGAUAAUUGAUCAUGUAUCACAAUGAAGCCCUAACGUUUUGUGUGUAAUAUACACAUAACGAAGAAAUGCCAGAGCAGAACAAUUUCAAAACAACAAACUGUGUACUAGUACUGACAUUGUUACCACCGUCCAUAAAUUAAAUGUGUUUGUUUUAAUUA